CCUCAGGUCAGAGGCAGAGCAGCUCUGGGAGUUUGCAUAUCAGCAAGCGAAGAAAAGUUUUGACAAGCGGACCUGCGGGCGGCUUCUGUCAGCAGCAGCAGCUCAGCGUUCAGCCUGUGUGGAGUCUUUUCUCAGCGGGUGAGAGGUUGUACAAUCCUCGGCAGUGUUCUGAGACUGUACGGCCCCAAUCCCCCAGCUCAAUCACCGCCAGCCUGGACUAACUGAACGCUUCACAGGUUUAAUGACUUCAUCUGUCAGCGGGCUCCUUGUGACCUGCGCACUUCGGUCUUAAACCUGCUUUUUUCUCGUCUCCCUAUUUUUUUUAAUAUAAUUUUAUUAAAGUUGGACUUUACUCAAGACUGUCGUGGAAACAGCGUUGCGAAAAUAUGACAGCCGAAAAGGAGAAAAAGAGGAGCAGCUCGGAGAGACGUAAGGAGAAGUCUCGCGAUGCAGCGCGCUGCAGGCGCAGCAAAGAGACGGAGGUGUUCUACGAGCUGGCCCACCAGCUGCCUUUAUCCCACAGCGUCAGCGCUCACCUGGACAAGGCAUCCAUCAUGAGGCUCGCUAUCAGCUUCCUCCGUACACGCAAGCUGCUCGCCAUAAGCUGCAGCAGCAGCAGCAGCGACGGCAGCGAGGACAACGGACAGAUGGACAGCCUGUACCUGAAGUCUCUGGAGGGCUUCGUCACCGUGGUAACAUCAGAUGGUGACAUGAUCUUCCUGUCCGAGAACAUCAACAAAUUCAUGGGACUCACGCAGGUGGAGCUUACUGGUCACAGCAUCUUUGACUUCACCCACCCAUGCGACCAUGAGGAGAUCAGAGAAAACCUCAGUCUGAAGACGACUGGAAGUGGCUUUGGCAAAAAAGGCAAAGAGCUGAGCACAGAGAGAGAUUUCUUCAUGAGGAUGAAAUGCACGGUGACCAACAGAGGACGCACCGUCAACCUCAAGUCAGCCAGCUGGAAGGUGCUCCACUGCACCGGACAACUGAGGAUGUACAACAGCUGCCCUCCACGAGUGCUGUGCGGCUUCAAAGAGCCUCCGCUCACAUGCGCUGUCCUGAUGUGCGAACCAAUACCGCACCCGUCCAACAUCGACACGCCGCUGGACAGCAAGACCUUCCUGAGCAGACACAGCAUGGACAUGAAAUUCACCUACUGUGACGAGCGGGUAACAGAGUUGAUGGGUUACACUCCCGAGGAUCUGCUGGGUCGUUCCAUCUACGACUUCUACCACGCCUUGGACUCAGACAGUGUCACCAAGAGUCAUCAAAACUGUAAGUACACGCUCGGACCUGGUCGUGUUCAGUUUGAAGAGCCCCAGCAGCCAGCAUACUCCCAGGUGUCUGCUUCAGCCAUGGCCCCUCCGGGACCACCGUCCUGGGCCAGUGAGAGCCACAAUUCUGCCUCCAAUGCCUCUGGACCCCCAACUGCAGCUCCAGGGGACGUGGGUAAAAUGGCCGGUAGUGGGUUCACUGUGCAGCAGAAUCCUCCACCGGGCAGCGCCACUCCGAGCCUCAGCAGCUGCUCCACGCCCAGCAGCCCAGAUGAUUACUACAGCUCAGUGGAGAGUGACCUGAGGGUGGAGCUCACAGAGAAGCUGUUUGCUCUGGACACAAAGGGAGACAGUCCUGCAAACACUGAGGUGUGUGUGUCCAUCGACAACUUUGUACAAGCUUACAGAGACAUGAGUCCAGCCAGAGUGGCCAUGGCCAACAGUAUGAAGCGCUCCUUCAGCCAGAUGGCUGUGGGUGAGAGCAAGCUGCCAGAGUUCAUAUGGAAGAGGAUAAGGAGUGACAGUUGCAUGGAUCGUUCCCUCUGUGCAGAGUCGGAGAUGGCGAGAAUGAUGCCAGGGAGCAUGGCUCCAUGUCUCAACUCGCUGCAACAACACAGGAAGUCACUGUACGCAGGAAAUGGGAUAAGUGGUCGAAAUGAAAAAGGCUUUCCCCAAAAGAGCUGUGACUACAGAGAGUAUAACAUGCUGCCUUCUAACAAGUCUGAGGGCAUAGCCAGUCGUUUGCUGGGGCCUUCAUUUGAACCCUCCUUUCUGCCGGAGUUGACCCGCUACGACUGCGAGGUCAAUGUCCCGCUGCAGGGCAACCUGCACCUCCUCCAGGGCUGCGACCUGCUGAGAGCCCUGGACCAGGCCACCUAGAGCCCCAGAUUCAAACAGCGACAUAAACCUAGACUUACUCCCUGCCCUGAGCCUCGACCUGCAGCACGAGACUUAAGCCUUUCUUUACCUUUGUACCUCUAGGCCUUCUAUGAGCCCUAAAGCUCAGCUAACUAUAGAGAAUGGUAUUAAUGGCCACAUCCUGCCUUAUUUAGCCCCACACUCUUUUCCCUAUCCCCUUUUUACGUUCUCUGUGUAGACCAAGCUGAGUUAUCAGGGUCAAGCCACACGCACCCCUUUCCCUGCCAAGCUCUCGACUCACAUCAGAUGCAGGUUGACCACCAUUGAGCCAAACAUCAAAUGACCCGCAUGUAUAACAAACGGUCACUGGUCAAAAAAAGGUCAAUGCUGCACAUUUAAUACAUGACAAAGGUCACACCAUCACAUUAAUUAUUUAAGAGUUUUGACACUGGGAU